GGCAUCCACCAAAAGAGAAGGAAAAAGGUAAAACCCAAAAGCACAUAAUAAAAUCACAGCUUUUAUCCAAAAGAGACUUCUUUUCCCUUCUCUAUAUUUUUUCUUUCCCCACUCCUCCCCCUUCUCCUUCUUCUUUCUCUUUCUCAAAAAAUUCUCAAUAAAAAGAGAGGGGGAAAAAAAAAAAAAAAAAAAAAAAGAGAGAGAGAGAGAGUUAGAGAAACAAGAAAUUAAAUUAAAAUCCAUCAUGAGAAAUGCAAUUAGAUGUUGCAUAGCUUGUAUUCUUCCAUGUGGUGCACUUGAUGUAAUUAGAAUAGUUCAUUCUAAUGGUAAAGUUGAAGAAAUAAGUGGAAAACAUGUUAAGGCCUCAGAAAUCAUGAAACUUCAUCCAAAACACAUCUUAAAAAAACCAACAUCUUCAUAUUCUUCUUGCUCAUCAAAUGAAGAAAUUUGUCCCAAAAUUGUUAUAGUCCCUCCUGAUGCUGAGCUCCAACGUGGCAAGAUUUAUUUCCUCAUGCCAAUGCCUUCGUCUUCUUCUUCUACUUCUUCUUCUUCUGCUCCUCGUGAAAAAUCGAAGACUCGUCCUCGAUCAUCCACGAGGAACAAGAAAAAGACUAGACAAGUUUCAUCAGAAGGACGUGAAAAUGAGGGCAGUGCUAACUUACUAAUGUCUGAUGAUCAGUACUUGAGUGAGAUUUUGUCGGAGAAGGUGUCAACACAAAGAGAUAGAAGAAGAGGAAGAGUUGGAGUAUGGAGACCUCAUCUAGAAAGUAUCUCUGAGAUUGUCAGUGAAUCAUGUUGAAUGUGGUUUUCUUUUUAUUUUCGAGAAAAAAAAAAAGGUUCAAAUUUAUCUUUCUACGUACUAACGAAAUAUUUCAAUUUUAUGUUUCUUUAUACUUUAGGAUUAUUUAUACCUUAGCCGUUAGCAGAUGAAUUUGUAUUUGCUCUUGAUUUUAACAGAGCUUCAACAUGGAGCAGGUCGAUUUUAGUGUCAAAUACUUUGGAGAAAAAUAAUUGAACUUACCGUUCUACUUUUGACUAUGGGUCAAAAUUACUUUCCUGUUAUACUUCAUGUUGGAGCUAUGUUAGGACUAAGGACAGAUACAGAAAAUUCUGGUAACUGCAAUGCUAUGAAUGCUUCAAAAAGUGUAUUAGAGAAUAAAAUUAAAAUAUUUCGUAUAGUUAAAGGGACAGUUUUUUUUAUCUUUUAUAUGUCUUUAAUAUUCAUUUCAAGAACAUUUAUCCUCCAUUAGGGUUCUAAAAGGAAGUUAUUAGCUCUAUGUUGAACCCUGUGCUUUUUAUAUUUCUUUUUCGUUCUUUUUAUUUCAUGUAUAUAUGCAUAGAAAGAAAAAUAAUAAUAUGCUAUAAAGUUGUGUAAUCGUUUUGAAUUUUGUACUAUAUGGUUAUUUAUGUAUUGGAAAAAUGUUACAGUGAUCA